GUAUGUAAGCCUCUCCUUUGUCUCUUUCUCUCGUCUCUCUGCCUCUCGACUCUCUCUUCCGUUCGACGAGCAGGUGGCAGAUAGUGGUGGCCGACGGUGUUGAGGGAGGAGGAUGGUGUAUGAGUAAUGACGCAUAUUCUACUCCCGACUUCUCUAUUGAGAGUUGCCCGAGUCGUGUGGUCAGUGACUUGGGUUCUAGUCUCAACAUGACACGUCUCGAAUUUAAAGGCUUUUUUGGUACAAGUGCAAACAACACUUAUUUUUAUAAGUGGAAUCGAGUUGUUAUCCCGUAUUGUGAUGAAUGGUCAUUCGUGGGAGAUGUUGAACAACCUAAUUCGGUCACUAAACUCUACUAUAGAGGAGCAAGGAUUUUCCAAGUGGUUGCAGAUGAGUUAAUGGUAAAGGGAAUGAAAGUUGCCAAAAAUAUAAUGUGGAUUAGGCGUGUCGGUACACUGUGAUUCACUUUACCAGUCGAUUUUCAAAAGGUGUUAAGAGUAAAAUGCCUUUUAGAUAGUUCUCUCUUUCUUGUCGUGUAAGACUAAUUGUUAUAAUACAAAAAUUUUGUAAGAAAAUACAUAUGGUAUGUUUGAUUAAUGUGGUUCUCAAAUUUAUAUGAUUAUCUUAAUAGGAAAGAUCCCCAGCAUGCAAAAUUCUUUAAGGCAGUUUUUAGCGAUGUAGUUGGUCUGUAUGUAAUAAUUCUCUCCUCCUUCCCUCCUUACUUUUGUGUGUUUAUAUUUAAUAUUUUUUUUUAUUUCUGACAAGAAAUUGAUUUUGAAUUUUAUUUAGCAACCAAACAAG